UAAGUGCAGCGCCUUUUGCCCCUACCUCCAUCACGCCAGAGACAGCGAGGUUAUUAUAUUGAGAGCCCACGCUCAGAUCCAAGCACCCUCGAAAAGCAGACAUUUCCUGAGAGAGAGAGAGAGAGAGAGAGGAUUUGAUACCUGUGGUGUCUAACGAUCCUGCAAUGGAGGGGAUGAGUUCAUCGGCAUCAUCCGGACCUUCGUAUGAGGUUUUUCUAAGCUUUCGGGGAGCCGACACCCGUCAUGGAUUCACUGAUUAUCUUUACCAUGCCAUGGUUGGGGUUGGGAUCCUUGUCUUUAGGGACGAUGAAUCCCUUCGCGUCGGUCAAAAAAUUGGUGGUGAAUUUCUACAAGCAAUUGAGAACUCCAAAAUCUACAUUCCCAUAUUCUCCAAAAAUUAUGCUUCAAGUCACUGGUGCCUCCGAGAGCUCACAUACAUGGUCGAGUGCACCUCGAAAUUGAACGAGAACAAAGAGAUUCUGCCCAUUUUCUUGGAUGUGGAACCUGAAGAUGUCAAGCUCAAAACAGACUUAUAUAGCCAAGCUCUUGCAAAGCACCAGGAAAAGUUUGGUGCAGAAGUGGAGUCAUGGAAAAAGGCUCUCAAUGAGGUGGACGAGAUAAAGGGAUGGAACUUGAAGAAAGAUCAAGGCCAAGGAGAUCUUAUACGUUUGGUAAUCCGAACGAUUUCAGUUAAGCUGAAGGUUGCACAUGAAAAUGUAACUGAACAUCUAGUCAGAGUUGAUGAUCGUGUAGAAGCUAUAAUCAAAAUGUUGGAAGUGGGAUUUGAUGGUGUACGAUUUCUUGGAAUCCACAGAAUGGGCGGUGUUGGCAAAACAACUCUUGCUAAGGUCGUCUUCAAUGCACUAUCUUCUAGCUUUGACGGAUGUUGUUUCCUUGCAGACAUUGGGGAAUCAUCAAAAUGCUAUAAUGGUCUGGUAAAUUUGCAAAAACAACUAUUAUCCAAGCUCCUUGGUUCUCAUUCUAUUGACCAAAUUAAUAACGUGAAUGAUGGGAUCAACAUGAUGAAUAGAGGAGUACUUAAAAAUAAAAAAUUUAUUAUUGUUUUAGAUGACGUGGAUGAGAAAGAACAACUUAAAAGUCUAGCAGAAAAAGGUAAUUGGUUCGGUUUUAGUAGUAGGAUUAUCAUAACUACUAGGGACCAAAGUAUCCUAAUGAUUAAGGGAGAAGCAAUAGGUGAAGGCCUUGUAGAAAAGUCCGCAAACAUUUUGACUUACGAUGUACAAGAAAUGGAAUUUCAUCAUGCUCUAAAGCUUUUUAGUAGGCAUGCCUUUAGAAGAGACUCUCCACCAGAAGAUCGUAUGUUCCUUUCUAAGGAAAUUGUCCAUACUUUGGGAAAGCUUCCUUUAGCUCUUGAGAUUACAGGUUCAUCCCUUAAUGGAAAACCCAAAGAAUAAUGAGUCGACACAUGGAAGAAGCUACAAGAAGCUCCUCCUAAGGAAGUCCAGAG